AUGGACCCAGGCGAACCUGGCCAAGACCUUGGCAUCACAUUCCAGCCGUCACAGCCACCGGUGCCAUUGCAACCUCGACCAAAUCCAAGUCGCCAAAGAGAUAAGCCACAGCUCUCCUGCAAUCCCUGUCGGCGCCGCAAAUCACGAUGUGACCGUCAGCAGCCAUGUUCCUGCUGCUCUUCGCGUGGCCAAAUAUGCACCUAUGUGGACGGCCAGGGCCUGCCGGUUUCUUCAAACCUUUCGGAACCACGUGCAGUUCAUGACCGUUUGGUACAACUGGAGCGAUUAGUAGUCUCACUGAUGGCCGACUCUGGAAGCAAAGCUCCUGCUAACUCGGUUCCUGAAGUAGCUACCCAGUCCCAGACAAAAAGCGGGGAUGGGAGUACCGAGUGUGGCAGUAUGCGUAUCAGUGAGUCGGAGGUUAGCUACGUGGGACGUGAUCACUGGGCGAUUCUCCGUGAUGGGAUUGCAGAUCUCAAGAUUCACCUUGACCGUGAGGAGCAGCUUCGACUCGCGAAUACACCACCAAAUCAUGCCACUGAUGAGCAUGGGAGCACCUUUGCACAGCCUAAAUCUGGAUAUGCGAUGCUUCUGUAUGGAGGUCGUCGAUUACUUUCUCGAGAAGAGAUUCUUUCAAAGUUACCCCCAAAAGCGGUGGUCGAUCGCUAUGUAUCUCGAUAUUUUAACUACCUGGACCUUGUUUCGUCAUCCGCUGUCCAUGGUCCAAGCUUUCUACGCGAGUAUGAGAUAUUUUGGAACGAUCCGUCAACAGUACCGAUCAUGUGGAUUGGGCUCCUGUUCAGCAUUAUCUGCCUUGGGUGCCUAGUAUCCGGCAAAACGUCCGAGCAGAAUACGGAAGAUUUCUCACUUCAGGUCGACCUUUACCGGGAAAGAAUUGUCCAGUGUCUGAUUCUGGGGGAAUAUACAAGAUCCGGUCCAUGCGUUUUGGAAACAGUAAUUAACUACACAUACGCCGAGUUCUACAUUCGAACCGAUGCCGACAAGGAUAUCUGGUUUCUGUUGGCCUUGGAGGUUAACUUAGCCAUGCGAAUGGGCUAUCACCGUGACCCUAAUCACUUCCCCGGUAUUUCACCAUAUCAAGGGGAGAUGCGUCGUCGAUUAUGGGUCAUAAUAUUGAUGUCCGACAUAACUAUCUCGAGCCAAAUGGGCAUGCCACGGAUGAUUUCGGACUCCAAAUGGGAUACUAUGGAGCCACGAAAUCUGAACGACACGGAUUUCGAUGAGCGAACGACCGAUUUGCCUCCAUCCCGCCCACUCACCGAGUACACCAGUUCACUUGGAAUAAUUGCGAUGAGGCGUGUUAUGACCGCACUGGGGGCUGUGGUCGAGCUGGCAGACGGAGUAAAACCUUGCAGCUAUCCAGAUGUGAUGCGCAUCGACGCCGCCCUCCAACAGGCAGCAGCAAGUAUCCCCCCGCCGCUGAGGCCAAAGCCCAUGGCGGCGAGCCUGACCGACCCUCCGCAGAUAAUCAUGUCUCGGUUGUUCCUAUCCCAUCAGAUCUAUCAGGGACAGAUUGCGCUGCAUCGCCGCUUUAUCUGCUCAAAGUAUCGUGAUGCGGAAGGCAACCCAGCUUCACACUCGCACAAAGUUUGUUUUGAAGCUUGUCUCGGUACCUUGGAUAUUCAACACUUGGUUGAUGAAGAGACCGGGCCAGGGGGGCAACUUUCUACAAUGGGAUUGCGAGCAGACGCACUAAUGCAUCAUCAAUUUCUCACCGCAACGAUGAUUCUCUGCACAAUGCUCCAUGUCGCACAUCCAGUGCAACGGGGCUCAGAUAUCCGCGGGGCACUCCAAAGAUGCCGAAACGUUUGGAUGAAAAGGAGCGAUACCUCGACAGAUGCACGAAAGGCGGCCGAUACCGUCACCUUCGUCCUGGACAGGUCAACUGAUAGUCAAAAUUAUGGGACUCCAUCGAGUCAAGCUGUUAAAAAGCAUGGUGGUAGUGAUCCCCAGACCAACGAUGGUCACUUGGAUGAUGAAGACAACAUCAGAUCGGUGCUGUCUGAAGAAGUGAUGUGGCCAGUCGAUAUUGGUUCUUUUAAUCGUGGGUCUCGGUCUCCCCAUCCCUGCUAA